AUGGCGCCUGCAAACACACUGCCCGCAUGGGCUGAGCUACAGGACCAUCAUUCCAGUGUUGGCCGGUCCUUCAUCCUCAAGGAUUCUUUCAAGGCCGACCCCAAGCGGUUCGAGAAGCUGUCGACCAAGGUCACUCUGCCCAGCGAUAUCUCCAGCGAGCCCGAUGGCACCGAGAUCCUCUUCGACUUCAGCAAGAACCUCAUAACCGAAGAGACUCUCGACAAGCUCAUUAAGCUCGCCGAACAGGCUCGCGUGACGGAGAAGCGGGAUGCCAUGUUCAAGGGCGAGAAGAUCAACUUCACCGAGAACCGCGCCGUAUACCACGCCGCCCUGCGCAAUGUCUCCAAUCAAGAGAUGAAGGUGGACGGCGUCGACGUCAUGAACACCAAGGGCGGCGUCAAUGAGGUUCUGGAACAUAUGCGUGUGUUUUCUGAGCAGGUCCGCAGCGGCGAGUGGAAGGGUUACACUGGGAAGAAGCUUACCACUAUCAUCAAUGUUGGCAUUGGAGGUUCUGAUCUCGGCCCUGUCAUGGUCACCGAGGCCCUCAAGCACUACGGCGCCAAGGACAUGACUCUGCACUUCGUCUCCAACAUUGACGGCACCCAUAUCGCCGAGGCUCUUGCAAACUCGGACCCCGAGACAACUCUUUUCUUGAUUGCGUCCAAGACGUUUACGACCGCCGAGACCACCACAAAUGCGAAUACAGCCAAGACGUGGUUCUUGGAGAAGACCGGCGGCAAGGGGGAUAUCGCCAAGCACUUUGUCGCACUCUCGACGAACGAGGCAGAAGUGACCAAGUUCGGCAUCGACGCCAAGAACAUGUUCGGCUUCGAGAGCUGGGUCGGCGGCCGGUACUCGGUCUGGAGCGCCAUCGGCCUGAGCGUCGCCCUGUACGUCGGCUACGACAACUUCCGCAAGUUCCUGGCCGGCGCCCACGCCAUGGACAACCACUUCCGCACCGCCCCGCUCAGGGAGAACGUCCCCGUCAUCGGCGGCCUGCUCAGCGUAUGGUACUCCAACUUCUUCAACGCCCAGACGCACCUCGUCGCGCCCUUUGACCAGUACCUGCACCGCUUCCCGGCCUACCUGCAGCAGCUCUCCAUGGAGUCCAACGGCAAGACCAUCACCUCGGACGGUACCCCCGCCAAGUACACGACGGGCCCGAUCCUGUUUGGCGAGCCCUGCACCAACGCGCAGCACUCCUUUUUCCAGCUCGUGCACCAGGGCACCAAGCUCAUCCCCGCCGACUUCAUCCUCGCCGCCAAGUCCCACAACCCGAUGUCGAACAACCUCCACCAAAAGAUGCUUGCCUCAAACUACCUUGCCCAGGCCGAGGCGCUCAUGGUGGGCAAGACGGCUGACGAAGUCCGCGCCGAGGGCGGCGUCGCUGAGAAUCUCGUCCCGCACAAGGUGUUUUUGGGAAACCGUCCCACGACGAGCAUCCUCGUUGGCGGCGCCAUUGGUCCUGCUGAGCUCGGUGCCCUGAUUGUUUAUUACGAGCAUCUUACUUUUACGGAGGGGGCUGUUUGGGAUAUCAAUAGCUUUGAUCAGUGGGGUGUGGAGCUUGGCAAGGUGCUGGCUAAGAAGAUCUUGAAGGAGAUUGACGAGCCUGGUGCGGGCUCUGGGCACGAUCCGUCGACUGGUGGGUUGCUUGGGGCGUUUAAGAAGUAUGCUAACUUGUGA